UACAAUAAUUUAUAUAGCAAAUACAUUUGAUAUUUGUUUGCUUCUUACUUCUAUUCGACUUAUCAACAGUUGUUGUUUGUGUUACCUGUGCGAAAGCAGUGACAUAAGUAAAAGAGUGAUAAGUGUGACAAAUAAAAGAGUGUUUGAUAUAAAGAACAUCAAAAAAAAACAAACUUAAAUGAAUGGAGGAAAGACAAACCAAUAUACGAUGUGUAAGUCCAAAAAGUUGAAAGCAAGUGAAACCGAAGCUGAAGCUGAAGCCGAAGCGAUUUCGCAAGCAGUCAGCUAUGGCUGUAUGCGGCUACACUACUUCCGAAGCUGAUUUGUUUGCUUUAUCUUCUCUGUUGUGUGUAGUUGUUUUUAUCUUUAACUUUGAUUUGCUCUCGAUUCGCUUUGACUUUAGUCGGUUGUACUUCGGUAAUGAGUAGGUACGUGAUUUUAUAUUAUUUUUUUAAAAAAUGUCUGGAAUUAAUGCAAAGCUAAUUGCUGCGGUUUUUGCAAAGCCUUUGUUAUGGGAUCAGAAGAAUAAAGAUUAUUACAAUCGAUAUAUUUCGGAAAAGAAAUGGAAUGAAAUUGCCAAGCAAUUAAAAACAGAUGUUAAUUGGGUGCGAAAGAGAUGGAAACAGUUAAGAGACACAUUUAGACUUGAACUAAAAAAACUUCCACCCCAACAAUUAGAUGAUCUAGGCGCUGAUGAAUCUUACUCCUCAUGGCCCUAUUUCAACCAUAUGCUCUUUAUUAAAACUCAAAUAAAGAGUCGUAAAGCUAAUUCUAAUUUUAGUAAGCAAAACGUUAUAAGAGAAGAUUACUCAGUAAAAGAUGUUGACUUUAAUGAAUAUGAGGACAACAAUAGUAGCAAUGAUAUGGAAAUUCAUAUAGCUGAAAAACAAUCUAUGAGUAAUAAACGUAAAUAUUAUGAUACGGAAAUAUCGCUUGAUGUGGAAACUCUUAAAACUUUACCAGAAACUCAAAAGAAAUGUAAAAGUUAUUUCAAUAAAUAUUCAAAUAUUAGAAAUAUCGAGGAGAAGAACAUAAAAGAGAAAAAAUCGAAAAACAAAAUUGAUAGCAAUGAUGAAGAUAUGGCCUUUUUUAUAAGUUUAUUACCUCAUGUAAAAAACAUGACUCCACCUCAAAAGCUCCUUUGUAGAAUGGAAAUACAAGCUACUGUUUUUAAUCACGUAUAUGGAAAAGGUUCCUCGUCCUCUUCAAUAACACAACAUACCUUAUCUUUGAAUGAACACAACACUAUACCAAUAUCAUCUUAUGCAAAUACCAGAGUGCAUAUGAGUAUGUCAGUUGUAUUUCAAUCAGAAAAAAAAAGAAAAUUUAAAAAAUUUGUGUUUGUUUUGCGAAUUUGUCGCAGAGCGGCAAUAAAUUUUGUGUUUAUAUAUUUUUGUUUUUUGUAAUAAAAAUCAUUUAUGACUAACUGAAAACAAAAACUAAAAUAUACAAAAAAAAAAUUGCUAAAGACAGCGAAAUUAACUGCAAAGAAAAGCGUAUAGUGCAAACGGACAACACAAAAACAACAAACACGCGGAGUACAACGAAAAGGGAGGGGAAGGGAAAGGUUGAACAAAA